GCAUUUCUUUGUCAUUGCUAGUAUUACCUAUUCUUGUCUGAUUCAUUUUUUUUACUUCUUUCACUAUUCUAUCUUUAGAGAAAUAAAACAAUCAUCCACACUCAAUGUUUUUUAUUACUGUUUAUUGGUUGCCUAGAGACAUAAUGGUGUAAAUUCCAUAGAUGCCAAACGCUCUAAUUCCUUUUACUAUUAAACUAAUAUAAAGUCAAACAAGAGAAUUUGAUCGUUUUGGAGAUGUAUUUAUUUAUGUAUUUAAUUGCAGUUAGUAAAAGUAAAUAAAACCAUAGAUAAACUUGAAAAUUGGUUAUAUAGUGGUGCUCUAUCUUACGCGGAAUUUUUUGGAACUAAUACACAUGUAACGUAUUAAAAAUAUGGAUAUAUUAUAUAUGGAGAUGUGGUUCUUCACUAAAUCUAAACAAAUAUAAUUGUCGAUUAGUAAUAAUUAAUUAUUUAAUAAUUUCUGUCAGAAUAUUUUGGAGAAACAGUAAAGGUAUUAUUAAAAAGUGGAUGUGGCAACGUUGUAUCUCCAGGUAACAAUCGCGAAUGAAUUUGAAAACAAACGAACACCGGUCUUGGUGUUGAUUGUACGUAUCCAACCGUAGAUUAUGCACUAGACAGGUUGACUUGGUGUCUCGGUAUCGCGAACAUUGUUUUUUGUUAGUUUAAUUCUGAUGUGGUAAUUUUAAUGAAGAAAAAAACUUGUAGUGUGAUGUUUAUCUAAUUAAUAGUGAUUUUAUUUGUGUGUACUUUUUUUAUUUUGGAAUACGUUCGUGUCAUUUGAAGGAUUAUUGUUUUUUAAUUUUAACAGUUUAGUUUAAGUUAUUCAAAAUGUCGUCGUUAUCCCUACGGUUGUUUUCCCUUUUCCGUUACCGGAAAUUACCGAAUAAAAUUUAAAACAUGCUACAGUCGUUAGAAGAAUAUAUAGUAGAAAUGGAAAAUCGUAGUGCCAUAGACCAAUCUCUCGUUGGUAAUGUCAACGAAGACGUUUGGACCCAAUUACAACAAAAAGAAAACGAUUUAGUACUAGCAGCCGAAUUGGGUAAAGCCCUUUUAGAAAAAAACGAAGAAUUGAAAAAACAGAAGGAUGCGUUGGAGGAGGAAUUUUCGAAAAAAAUAGAGUCCAUCGAACAAGAUCGUCACUUACUUCGACGUAAACUACAUUCGAAAGAAUCCGAACUCGAUGCGAAGAUAAUCGAAUUGCAAAACGACGUUGCCGAAUUAACGUCGAAACUUCAAACCAAAGACAACCUCCUGAAACAAUGGGAACGCGACAAAAGCUCAUUGGUCGCCGAAUUAACCGCCCAAAAUACGAGGUUAACCGCGCAGCUCAAAGAGGCCGCUCAAAAGGAACAGCAAUUGAGGAGGGAGAUCGAUGAGUACAAAGAGAGAUUGACCUUGGGGAAAAAUAGCUUGCAGGAACACAUGAGUAGCGUCACUGGACUUCGGGACGAAUUGGAAUUGACGGUCGAGAAGAACCAAGAAUUGGAGAGGCGGCUUCAUAUGGCGGCGGCCGAGAGGGAUAGUAUAGCGUUGGCGUUGGAAGAAGCUUCCGAUAGAAUAUUGAUGCUGGAACGUCACGCUAGGGAGCAAGACAUUCGAUAUCAACAAAAUUUGAAGGAAUACAGUUUGCCGCAAGAGAAAUUCUCCAUUGAGGAUAGGUUGAGCGAAAUGGACAUAUCCGAACCGACAUUAUCUCAGGAGUGUAUGUCAGUCUAUCGACAACUUCGAUCCCUCGUUCUACAACUCAAAUCACAUUCGGAUGACGAUAGCGGUCUACAUUCCGAUUGCUCCACAACGUCCAUGGAAGAUUCGUCUAGAUUUGCUCCAGGAUUGCUCACAGAAGUUGCUCAGGAGUUGGUUGGAUUAGUGUUAGACACGGACGUAGUUAGAAUAUUGGAAAGGCUCGAACAAGCUAGAAGGGAAAUACAGGAAAGGGACGAGGAAUUGGCUCGAAGAGCGGAAAGGAUUAUGGAACUAAAUACUAGAGUUUCGGUUUGCGAGGUGGAGUUGGCUUCGGCUUUGGAGCAACGAGAUAGAGCCAUUCACGACGCUUCCGAUUCGUCGUUAGCUCAAGAUGAAGUCGUAGCUAAAGCCAGAGACGAUAGGGACGUGGCGGUGCAGAGACGGAUUAAAGUCGAAGUUGAAUUAGCGAAAACUAGAGUUGAACUGAUGCAAGCCAACAGUCAGUUGCUGGAAACCGUACAACAGAAAGUCGAAUUGAGUCAACAGCUCGAACAGUGGCAGAUGGAUAUGCAUGAACUUUUAGACGAGCAGCUCAAAAAUAAACUUUCAAAUCAGGAAAUCAAAAUGAAAAUACCCAGUGAGCCUGUAGCGCCGCCAAGAAGAAGACUUCUGUUGAGGCUCUUCAAUCGAUAGCAAAAUUAGUGUUCAAAAAACAAAAAUGUGUAUAUAGGUAGAAAUAUUGUGAGCACAUACCCGUAAUCCAGUCCCUAAAUUUCCCAAAAAUCCCUUUUUCGUUUAUAUUUCGUGCAAUUACUAAUCCUUUACCUCUCACCUUUAUUCAUAGAUAAAUAAAUAAAUAGAUGUUUAUUAAAUCUACAUAUUUUACUAAGAAUCUGUACCUUUGUAGUAAAUUUUUAUAAACAAAAAGUGAGUAUUCGAAAAAGUUAAUGAAUUAUGCAUUUUUUAGUAUAUUUUCAUCAAUUUAUCGUUUUGCGCCCGUACUAAUAAUUUAUACUUAGCGUCCGUGCUAUAACUGGUGUAAUAUAAAUCUACGACGGUGUUGCCAGAUUAAAUAAAAUAGUAUAAUAAACUAGUAAAUAAAAAUCUAAUAUUUCUUUUUUUUAUCUUUGAAUGGAAAUUUAUUAAAAUCUAAUUAUUCAUAAAUUUGGAAAUUAUUUGUUUAUAUUCAUGAUGAAUAGAAGGAAAUCUAAUGCGGAACGAGAAUAAAAAUCUCAAAUAAUUUUUAAAUACGUUUGGCAACGCAGCAAUUUGGCUGUCAAAACUUCCUAACGAAUAACUGACAUAAGGUUAUAUUGAAAAUGAUUUUUGAUUAGGAAUUUUUUUUUUCAAAAUUAUGUAUAAACAACAAAAUAAUCAGCAUUGAAUUUAAUUAAUAAGGUAAAGUAACUUAUAUUCUCAAUUUAUUCGUUUUGUAUCGUAUAUUUAUGUUAUACUAGUUAUUUUACUCAUUUUACGUACUCUUAUUUAUUCAUUCAAUUAAUUCAUUAACUUUAUUCAAGUUUUAAUUAAUUAACUUAAAAACUGUGAUUUUAAUACGAAAGGCUAUACACCGGCACUUAUUUAAAUAUAUUGUAAGAUAUUUUAAUUAAUAAAAUUCCAUUAAUAUGUC